AUGGAGUACGAAUGGGCUGAGAAUAGCCUGGCAAAUUUCAGAUUAUGGGCCGCGGGUCUCGGCGUCUUUGCUGGCAAGGACUCUCUGGAUGAGAGGCUCUCUGUGGAUUUAUUUACUAGAGAUCUGAUUAAAAACUUUCUUAUCCUCCUGAAGGGUCUAAUUGACAACUGCAAAGCACUUGCAUCUGGCCAAGAUAUUCCCGCCGACGACUUUCAUGAGGAAAGCACGCAAGAUGGACAGUACUUCCCAGCAUGUUUCAUCAGGGAGUACAUUGGGAGAAGCAUUUAA